AAAUAAUAUUCAAAGUGAUUUUCAUCGGAACGCUAAGGGAAAUCUAAAAGAUUGUUUUCGAACGCUGUAGGGUGUGCCCUAUCGUGAUUUCGUGGUUAUAUUACAGAGGUUACAUCUCGUACUCGUUCUCAUAUGGCUAUACGUGGAAUUUUACUUUCGUACCGCCGCCUUUCGCCUUUCGCUUUUCCCUGCUUCACCGCGAGAGUUUCCUGAAACAGUUCAGCGAGUGUGUAUGCGAACUAACCACACCUGGGCCUGGCUGACUUGGUUGCAGUGGUUGCAGACUGCAGUGAAAUACCAAACCAAUCCGCAUGAAUCCGCAGCACGCGGCCAUGGCGGCCAAGAUGGCAACGUACAAUAGUCUGUACGCGUCGAUCGAGCGCGUCUGUUUUUAUAUCUGGCUUUUUACGAUAACCGUUCGGUGUCAAGAACCAAUAUCCUCGGGUAGUCGGUAUUAUGGCCGCGAUGGUGUCUACGUACCAUCGAACGGGCCCAAUCAUCGAACCGACACUUAUAUUUACAAAGAUAGAAGGUACGGCUAUCGUACGAGUUAUCUGGAUCCUGUUUACAAAGGACCCACCAGACCAUCGGGAGAUCGUUAUCACUACGAGGAGACAACUUCGAGACUUCCUUUGCCAGGAGUACUGGGUGGUUGGCGCGAAGAUCUUCAAGGAAGAGAACGAGCCGAUUCCAAAAACUUGGACAGAGAUGUGACCGUGACCACUAGCUACGGACAAGUACAAGGAUUCAAAGUAUAUUUGUACGAUGAUCCGCAAGCAAGACACAGGCCUUGGAGUUUGCCUGUCGAAAGAGUUACAAAACAGGUCAACGUGUUUCUGGGCAUUCCUUAUGCUACUCCUCCUACAAGGGAAGGUCGCUUUAAACCUCCCAGACCUCAUAAAGGUUGGCAGUUGUUGCAAGCCGUAGAUUGGGGACCGGCUUGUCCCCAACCCAGUUCGUACACAGGCGCCACUAAGGGAAUCAGAGACGUAGACGAGGACUGUUUGUACGUUAAUAUUUUCACUCCGUCCAUCGAAUCUGGCUUGGCUCAGCCGUAUCCGGUAAUGUUUUACAUUCACGGAGGGGAAUUUACCCAUGGAGCCAGUAACUUGUUUCCAGCUCAUAUGUUGGCUGCGUUCUAUAACGUGGUAGUGGUAUCUGUUAAUUACAGACUCGGAGCACUCGGAUUUUUGAGUACAGGUGAUGAAAACAGUCCUGGGAAUUAUGGGAUUCUCGAUCAGUCUAUGGCGCUAAGAUGGGUGUACGAUAAUAUUAGAGCUUUCAACGGUAAUCCCGAUGCCAUAACUCUUUUUGGUCCUGGUGCUGGUGCUGCGAGCGCUGGAUUGUUAAUGGUUGCACCUAGAACCAGAGAUAUGGUGUCAAAAGUAAUCGCUCAGUCAGGUUCUCUCUUAGCAGAUUGGGCAGUUAUAAUCGAUAAAUACAGAGCGCAGAACACUUCUAGAGUGUACGCAGAAAUGUUAGGUUGCAGCAUAGAAAGUAGUUGGAAAUUGGUGCAGUGUUUGAAGGAUGGUAGAUCCUUCUUUGAGCUGGGUAACUCUGAAUUAAGACCGCAUAUUGGCACGUUUCCAUGGGCUCCUGUACUCGACAUUAAUUUUACUGUACCUAGUGAUAAUUGGUACGAAGAUUGGAGGGCAUCGGAUUGGCAUUUUUUCACCGAAACACCCGAACAAAGUAUAAAGAAUCAUAGAUUCAAGCAUAAUCUGGCAUACACAGCUGGUGUUACUACUCAAGAGGCAGCAUAUAUGAUAUAUAACAAUGCUACAUUGGCAAGGAAUCGUUAUGUAAUAGAUCCAGAAUUAUUUGAUAAAAAAAUUUGGGAAUUCGUUCUUCAAUACAAUUACACUCUUAAUCCUCAGGGCGUUUACGAGGCUAUCAAAUAUAUGUAUACGUAUUGGCCAGAUCCGAACAAUGUUACCUAUAUUCGUGAUCAAUUCAUUAACUUAUUAUCCGAUUUUCAUUACGUGGCACCUUUUGACAAAAUUGCAAAAUUACUGGUAGAGAAACAUGUACCAACUUACUUGUACGUAUUAAAUACGACUACAGAGGCAUUAAAAUUGCCACACUGGCGUAGAGUGCCUCACAAUACUGAACUACUUUGGUUAACAGGAGCACCAUUUAUGGAUGUUGAAUUCUUCCCUGAGCAGUGGAAAUUAAAACGCGACUUGUGGACGGACAAUGAUAGGAACAUGAGUCAUUUUAUGCAGGCGUAUGCAAAUUUUGCAACGUACGGAAAUCCUACACCCUCACAAAUUCUCGGUUUACACUUUGAAGUUGCUAGAUCAGGACAAUUGCGGUACUUGAAUAUUAACACCACUUACAAUAGUUCAAUUUUAUUCAACUACCGACAAACCGAAAGUGCCUUUUGGUCCGCUUAUUUGCCAACUGUUGUUGGUCGUUUGGUGCCUACGUAUCCUCCAGUUACAGAAUACUGGUGGGAACCAAAGCAACCUCUUCAAAUUGCAUUUUGGUCAGUCUCUGCAACCUGUCUACUGCUGAUUGUUCUUUCUGUAGUAUGCUGCAUGCUUUGGCGCAAUGCCAAAAGACAGUCUGAUCACUACUAUAGCGGAGACAUCUUGAUGGUACGAGACGACGAACCGUCGGAGGGAAUCGAGAAUAUAACUCGUACCUCGAAGGAAAACGUUUACGAAUACCGUGACACGCCACCGAUCAAGUCCAGGAUACCACGACAAAACGAAGCUAAACUUCAAGAACGAUUGUCGCACAAUCGAAAGUUCAGUUCUACUCCGUCUCUUAGAAGCAAUUCUAACAUCUCGCUGAAAGACAUGCGUUCAGAAGGAUUUGUUACCAGUUCACCGAAUGGACAACCUAAAUUAAGCAAAGCUAUGAGCCAAUCGUCACUGCCUAAAAGCAAAAGCAAGACGCAUUUAGUUCAAGGUGUUCCACAAACAGCUGUGUGACAUUACUUAUUUAUUUCGUCGAAGAAGAAGAAGAAGAAGAAGAAGAAGAAGCAGAAGAAGAAGAAGACGACGACGAAGAAGCUCUUGAAGCUACUCGUGGUACGUACGAAACUGAAAAUACAUAUUUAUAAAUGACUGAAUUCUAAAUAAUAAUAAUGUUCCAAGGUUUGGCUAAAGCUUUUACAUCCGUCCACGUUGUAUGAAUGUAGAAACUUGUGCAUUUUUUUUUAUGCAGUACUGUACAUAUCAUUACUUCUUUGAUAUUCUUUUUUUUUAUGUUAUUUUACAUAUAGGUAUGUGUGAAAUUUAUCACAUUGAUUACCAUAUUACCACCAAUAGUAAUAUAUUAUAUGACAAUGAGAAUGACAAUAUAUGCUUAAAGCAAAUCGUUUUUUAUAUGUUUUUAUCAUAAAAAUAAGUGUUUAUAUGUAUUAUUAUUAUUAUUAUUAUUAUUAUUAUAAUAUCGUUAGAAGACACGCGUAGUUAUAGUCGAACCGAUCUCAUUAUUACCGCUAUCACUAUUUCCGUAGAUUUCAUAGAUGUACGUAUAUACAUAUACUAAAAGAGGAAUUUUGCAUUUAGUAUUAAAUAGAUAUAGAAUAUUAAACAGGAUAUGUAUUAGAGUAUCAAAGAACAGUGUUAAAAUAAGAUUUUACAAUUAAAGUAUGCCAUAUAAGCAAA